AUGAGACCAAUCAUUCCACUCCAUGUCCAAGGCUCCGACUUGAAGCCGACAGUUACAAGAUCGCGGAUCCUCCCACCCAAACACAAAAAGGCGGCACGCCGUUGGGAGCGGGUAGGGAAGCCUAAAUCAAGAUCUGGUUGUGGAACUUGUAAGAUUCGGAGGGUGAAAUGCGACGAGGCCAGACCAAAAUGUUGCCGAUGCACCAAGGGGAAAUUUGACUGCGACGGGUACGUCGAUUAUACUACAGAAGACAGCCUCGGUUCAGAUGGUGCUGUCAGUAGCAUGAGUAGCCCGGAGAGCAGUGGCGCAUCCACAUCUCCUGAAACCUCGACAGACAUCUCGACAAUAUCUUUGUCUCGUCCACGUCGUCGCUUAUCUACCUGCAUCCAGCAUGAUGGGGGUAGCACUAGUCGACUCCAUGUAUUGGAUUACAGCAGUUUGUACUAUGAACAGUUUCUGUGCCAUGCCAACCAGAGUAAUGGUAUAUUUUACUACUCCAAGACUUUUACAAGCAUUGUUCUCCACGAGUCCCUGCGAGAUAAGUGCACACGUAACGCUAUUUUUGCCAUCGGGGCCUUUCUCUUUGCUGGGUUUCUCUUGAGCCAAUCCAGCGUUCACGACUCUACGACUGAUCUGCAUCGGCAAGCCUCCCUGCAGUUCUAUAACGCUGCUCUUACAACGUUCCGAAGUCGCAUGCAAAGUUCACAAACAGAGUCACAUACGUGGAUACUCCACAUGACUCUACUACUCACGAUUUUCGAGUUGCUUCAUGGUGACUUUGAUGCCGCCGACGGACUCUGGGGUUGCGCUCUGCAAGUAUUGCACCCGUGGUUAGAGACCUCGUACAGUGUCUCGAUCGCUGACUCGGACAUACUGAAUCGCUCCUGUGGGGAGCUAAUUGGAGAGUUGAGACCUCUAUUUGCCAUGACAGGCGUGCAAACUUGCGUUAUGCUAAUUCGACAUGACGACCCGUUCAAACGCCUUUGUCCGGAUACAUACUUUAACGAGAAUGACGGCUCGGAGUUAUUUCAAUUGCUGGCGUUUUUGCAAACAAACAUGCAUCAAGGUUGCACUAUAGAUGUGGGGGAGCUCAAUCCCAUCCAAACAUGGUCUACCACCGAAGCUCCCUUGCUGUGGUGUGUUGUUAGCUAG